AGUCUUAUCACGUUCUUGCGUACAUUGCACUGCAUGCCUAUAUGAACCAAUCGGACUUUUGAAAAUUUAAAUUUAAAUAUGUAUUGAAGCUGUCGUCAUUUCAAAUGGCAGUUGCAAUCUGUGAAGCGGUAUGUAAUAAAGCCGAAAAGAUUAGAAAAAUUAAGAACGAAGUGGUCAUAUAUCAAAAUUUGUAUGCUACUUCGUUGAAUAUAUUAAUGUUAUAGGAAUAUUAAGAAAAAAUGUCAAGCGAUGUUAAAGUGGCAAUAAAAUUGAGACCGUUGAUUGAACAGGAACAAGAUGAAAAUUUAUCAAUACAAUGGAUUGUAAAAGAAAAUUCAAUUGUUUCAUUAAAUCAAGAGACUAAAAAAUUGGAGGAUAAUGAAUUUCAUUUUGAUUAUAAUUUUGAUAUGAAUACAAAAAAUUAUAAUGUAUUUGAUAAUAUUAUAAAACCAAUUGUUGAUGAUGUUAUAAAUGGUUUUAAUGGAACAAUAUUUUGUUAUGGUCAGAUCAAUUCUGGUAAAACAUAUACAAUGAUAGGUACUUCAGAAGAUCCAGGGAUAAUACCACUUAGUAUUGAAUAUAUAUUUAAUGCUAUUUCAAAUAUCAUUAAUCGUGUAUUUAUAUUAAGAGUAUCUUAUUUAGAAAUUUGUAAUGAAAAGAUAAAUGAUUUAUUAAAUAAAAAUCAAGUUGAUUUAAAAUUAUAUAAAGAUGAAAAUGGACAAAUAAUUAUUAAAUGUAAAGAAGAAAUUAUAAAUUCUGCAGAUUACAUGUUAUCUAUAAUGAAAGAAGGAAUUAAAAAUAAAAAAAUUCAAGAAAAGAAUAGGAAUAAACAUAUAUAUAGUCAUAGCAUAUUUAAAAUUAUAAUUGAAAGUCAAGAAAUUGAUGAUGAUCCAAAAAAUAUUAUACAAGUAUCACAAUUAAGUUUAAUUGAUCUUGCUGGUUUUGAGAAAAGUUGUUGUACAACUGGUGUUGAAGAAUGUCAAAGAGAUAUAUCUCUUUUUACCCUAGAAUCAAUAAUUACACAGAUAAAUAAGUCAAAAAAUUUCCAGAAACAUAUUGAUUAUCAUAGUAAAUUAACAGAAUUACUUCAAUCAUCAUUAAGUGGCAAUGCUUUAAUAGCUAUGAUAUGUACAAUAAUACCUGUUGCUUUAGAGGAAACAUAUUGCACUCUAUCGUUUGCAACUCAAGCAAAAAAUAUCAAAACUAAGCCACAAAAAAAUGAAAUUACAUCUAAUGCAUCACUUCUAAUACGUUAUACAAAACAAUUAAAAAAACUUCAAGCAGAAUUAGAGCAAAUAAGAAAUGAAAAUUCAUCUAUAGAAGAAAUAGAAUAUAAUAAACUGCAACAAAGAUAUCAGAUUGAUUAUUUGUUAGAAGAACGUAUAAAAUUAUUAAAGAAUCAAAUUAUUUCUGGAUGCACAAAAAGUUAUGAAAAACCAAUUAAAUAUAAAUCUAGAAAAAGACAAAUUUGGUGUAAUUCUGGAAUGAUUAAACAAUAUUUACCUAUAUUACAUAUUCAAAAUUGCUUACCAACAAUAAAUGAGAUAUCACCUGAAAAAACAUAUAAAAAAAACGUGCAGUCAAUUGAUAUUGUAGAUCAAACAUUUCAUACAGCUUUUACAGAUUUUGAAUUAGAAUUACUUGAUCGUGAAGCAGAUUAUGAAAUCAAAGAAACUGAUAGUAUUGAAAAUGAAUAUAUAAGUAAUGAAUCUAAUAUAAAAUCUAAAACUGAUGAUUUUUUUCUAAAACCAGAAAAACAAGAUUCUUCUAUACAAACCUCUAGCAAUGAAGUAUCUCCUUCUACACCAAAAAGUGUUUUACGAAAAUAUAUUCUAGAUUUGACAACAGAUCUUAAUGAACUUCGAGAAUUUACAACUUUAGAAAAACAAUUGAUGUGUGAAGAUUGUAAACAUAAUGUACAACAAGUAAAAAAACAGAUUAUUACGACUGAUUUUAAAAAUGAUGAAAUUAUUGAAUGUUCUCCAAAUUUAAUAAUAGAAUUACAAAAAGAAAAAAAUAAAUUAUCAGAAGAUUCGAAAUUAAAAGUUCAAAAAACAGAUGAAAUAAAGAACGAUUUUCAAAGCCUUAAAUUGGAUAUAAAAGAAUUACAAAAAACUAUUUAUUUGUUAACAAAUGAAAAUAUGGAAAUGUUAAAUAAAUUAUCUGCUGAAAAAGAACGUUCAGAACAAACUGAAUUAAAUUUUCAAAGAACAAUUGAUGAACUUUAUGGACGUAUUUCGAAAAUUACAGAUGAAAAGAUUAAUUUAGAAACUGAUAUAGAAAUGUUGAAUAAUCAAUUAAAAAAUUUUCGUUCAAAAAUAGAAGAAGAAGACAAUGAACAAUUGAUUAUUAAAUAUCAGAAUAAAAUUGAUACUCUAAAAAUAGAAAAUAUUGAAUUAUCAACUAUUAUUGAUGAAAGAAAUAAAGAACUUGAAAAUGUUAAAGAAAGUAAAUCAUUAUUAUAUGAUCAUGAUUGCAUUUAUAAGGAUGAAGUUGCAUUACUUAUAGAAAAGAAUAAAUGUUUAAUAAUGGAAAAUAAUGAAUUUUCUACUGACUUAAUAAAUAAAAUUGAGGAAAAUGAAACAUUAAAAGAACAAUGCAAUAUUUUGGAAACUAAAAUUUAUUUGAUGAAAAAUGCAAAUUCUGAUGAAAGUGACAUAGAUCAAUUAAGAUUGGAAAACAAUAUUUUAAAAGCUGAAAUUGCAGAAUUAAAAAUAAAAAUAACAAUGUUAACUGAUGAAAAUACUAAGUUUUCUAAUAAUUUAUUGAAAACAAUAAACGAUCUGGAUUAUUCAAGUAAUGAAAAAAUAAAUAGUAAUAUGCAUUUAUGUAUAGAACUUGAUAAUUCAAAAGAGAAAAAUCAAAUUGUAAAGAAAACAUUGCAAGAAGAAGAUAACGAAUUAUUAAAAAAUAAAGUUAUAAAGUUACAAAACGAGAAUAUGCAUUUAUCUCAUUUAAAUAAAAAAUUAAGUGAUUUAAAAUUAUCAUCUUGCAGUCAAUGCAUAUAUUUAAAAACUGUAAAUGAGAAUCGUACAACUCAUAAAAUUAAAGAAAAAAUUUUAAAUUGUAAAUUGGAAAAUUUACAAAAAAAAUUUGAUCGUAAAUGUGCAGAAGCUGAUGCACUAAAACGUAAAGCUAAUCAAGAUUUAAAUUUAACUUUAACUGAUAUAUCUUUAAAUACAAAUAUAGGUGGAAUGAAUGUAAGUUCUGUAGAGGAAGAAAUUCAGUAUUUAAAUAAUGAAUUACAGGUUUUAAAAGAUAACCAUGAUGAAUUAUGGGUUUUAUAUGAGGAAAAGUGCGACGAACUUGAAAAACUUCAUGAUAUAGGUGAUUCAAAAAAUAUAGACGAUGGUUGUAAAUUGAAAAAAUGUGUAUUCAAAAAUAAAAGAAAACUUGAUGAAUUACAAAAUCAUGUUGAUCAAGUGAAAGAGGAUAUAGGUGAAUUGAAAAAAGAAUUUAGAACAGAAAGAGAAAGCUUUUUAGAAAAAAUCAAUGUAUUAAAAAACAUUAAUGAAAAAUUACAACAAGAAAUAUCAGAUAAAGAAAUAUCAAUAAUUACAGUUACAGAAAAAGCUCAAAUUUUUGAAACUGAAUUAUCAAAUACGAAUAAAGAAAUUGAACAAUUUUUUAUGAAGGAGAAAUUAAUGCAAACUGAAAAAUUAACAUUAGAAGUAGAAUUAGAAGAUCUCAAAAUGGAUCAAAGAAAUAAAGAUAUUCUUAUUACUAAAUUAAAUAUAACAAUCAAUGAAUUAAAUGAAUUAAUAUCAUCAUUAAAAAAGGAAUUAGAUUCAAUAAGUAAUCAAAAAAAUGAAUUAAUUACUUCAAUUGAAAAAAUUGAAUAUAAAUAUAAAGAAGAAUUAAAAUUAUUAAAACAACAAUAUGAUAGAUUAGAACAAGAAAAACAAAAUAAUAUAGAAAUAGAAAAACGUGCAACAUUAUGGGUUAAGGAAUUAGAAUCAAAUAUAGAAAAACUUAAGGCAGAUCUAGAAAAAGAAGAAAAUCUACAUAAAGAAUUUGAGAAAAAAAUUUUCAAAUUGGAAAAUUUUUUACAAGAAAAUGAAAAUGAGAAAGAAACAUAUAAAGAAAAACUUAAAGUACUUGAAGUACAAUUAACCAAUUCCAAAGAUAAUUCAAUAAUUAAAGAAUCUGAAAUUAAUACAAAUAAGAGAUUACAAAAAGAGUUAGAUACUGUCAAAGAAUGUAUGAUUAGAGAAUUAACAUCACUUAAAUGUAAAAUACAUUCUUUGAACUUUUCAAAUAAAACUGCAAAUGAAAUUUUCAUCAUUUUUUUGCAAACACUUAUGUUAAAAGAAGAAGAAGUAAUUAAAGAAAUGAGAGAAUUAUUUGAAAAAGAAAAACAAGAAUUAGAUGACAAAAGACAACAAAGUGCAGAUGCUGAGAAGCGUGUAAUAUUAUGGUCUAAAGAAUUAGAAAGUGAAAAUGAAAAAUUGCAUACUGAUUUAACAAAAACGGAGCGUUUAUGUACAGAACAACAAGAUAAAAUUUAUCAAUUAGAAUAUCUUUUAAAAGAAAAUAAUUAUGAAAAAGAAAUACUUAAAGAAAAAAUAGAAAUAAUAGAAAUUGAUUUUAAUAAUUUGCAAAGCGAAUUUGACAAACGAUGCAAAGUAGAUAUCCAACAAAAAGGAGAAGCAGAUAUCAUUGCACAAAAACGAGAAAAGGAAGUGCAAGAAGCUUUUAAACAUAAAGAAAUUGAACUUCAGUCUAAAAUAAAAUUUGAAGAAGAGCAAUAUAAAAAAAAAAUAGAAGAAUUAAUUUCUUCUAUAGAAAUUUAUAAAACAAAAAAUAUAGAAUUGAAAAAUAAUAUUGAAGGACUUGAAGCUAAUGAGAAACAAUUAAAAAAUAUUAUAGAAAUAAAUUCCUCUGAACUCAAAAUAAAUAAUCAAUCUAUUCAAAAAAUGUCUCUUGAUUUUGAACAACUCACAGAAGCUUAUAAUGAACUAACUCAUGAAGUAGAACGAAAAACAUUCCAAAUUGAGAAUAUUACAACACUUUUAAAAAAUAAAUGUGAUUUAUUAUCUGAAUAUAAAGCUAAACUUGAAAAUAUGAUACCAGAUUAUGAAAUGCUACAAAAGCAAAGUAAAGAAAGAAAAGAAAAUAUAGAACGAUAUAAAGAAGAAAUAGAAAAAUUGGAAAUGGAAAAAAGAAAAAAAAUUGAAAUAAUUGAAGAUAAAUUAAAUUCGGAAGAAAUAAAAAAUAUUGGAUUAAAUAAGCAAUUAAAUGAAUUGAAUAGCAAAAAUAUUAAUUUAAUAGAUGAAUUAGAUAAUUUGAAAGAAAAGUAUGAAGAAUUACAACAAGUAAAUGUAAAAUUAGAAAGAAAAAUUAGAAAUAGUACAAGUAAAAUAAAAGCUGAAACAGAGAUGGAAGAAUUAAAAGAUAUGAAUAAAAGAUUACAAAAUAAUUUGGAAGGAGCAAGUAAUCGAAUAAUUGAAUUACAAGAAAGCAAAAACAAAACUUUUAAAGAAUUAGUUAAUUUAAAAAAUCAAUAUGAAUUGCUGUCUCAAGAAAAUGUAGAAAUAAAAAAAUCUUUAUCAUUAUGUAAAUUUAAACAAACUACUUUAUAUUUAUCUCAAGAAGAUAGUAAAUAUGAUGUACUUCUUCAAGAAAAAAAUAAAAUUGCAUUAGAACUAGAAGAUAAAAAAUUAUUAUUAAUGCAAAAAGAAAAAGAAAUUAAUGAAUAUAUGAAUCAAAUAAAAGACUUUGUUAUUAAAAAGAAACAAUUUGAUAAUCAAUUAAUAGAAUAUAGUACCAUUUUAUGUAAAUGCAAUAUAGAAAUAUCAAAUUUGAAAGAUGAAGUAUGCAUCCAGCAAACUAAAACUAAAUUAGUUAAUGAAUUAGAGAAAAAAUUAAAAAUUUUAGAAGAAGAAAAUAAAAAUCUCACACAUCAACUUGAGACAUUUAAAAUAAAAAUAGAAACUAAUAUGAAACAGAUAGAAGAUACAAAAUUAUACAAUGAAAAAACUCUUUAUACUUUAAAAAAAAAUUUGGAAUUACAAAUGAAAUAUAAUGAUUAUCAAAAUGAACUGGAAAUAAAAACUAACAGUAAUAACAGUUCAAGAUCUACUAGUCCUGCUUUUGAAAAUAAUAGAAGAAGACGUAGCAGAAAUGAGAUAUUUAAUCAAAGAAGACAAUUAGAAAAUGUAAUAAUUGAUAUUGAUUCUACUGAAAAUGAAGAAAUAUGUCAAAUAUUAAGAAAAAAAAUUCAAGAAUUAGAAUUACAAUUAGUAUCAAAAAAUGGACAAAUUGCAGCAUUAGAAAUUCAAAUUCAGAGUGAAAAUUUUCCUUAUCAACAAAAAUGUAAAGAAUUAGAAGAACUUUUACUUAUGUUUCGUAAAAAGAAUACUGAACUUAAUUCUGAAGUAAGAAAACUUCAAAGAACUUUGUAUGAUAUUAAUACAUGGGAAUGUGACAUAUGUAGACGAUGGCGCAUUAAUAAAAGAGAUCAAGCAUGUCAAACAAUAUUUAAUGCGCCGCAACUUUUUACUAUGAAUAACGAAAUAAUUGAAAAUCAUAUAAAAAUAAGAAAAUUAGAAAAAGAAAAAGAAUUAAUAAAAGAUAUAUGCCGUGCACGAUGCAGACAAAUAAAAAAUUUAGAAGAUAAAGUAAGAGAAUUGGAAGGAGCAUAGGCUUUUAUAUAAAAAUAAUUUUAUAUAUAAUAACAUCUUUGCA